AUGACUCGCUUAGCAACUAUGAUAACACUACUAUUCAUAUAUAAGGAACAUAUAAAUUUGUGCAUUCAUUAUCUGUCUCGAGUAGGAAGAACACGGUCUAACAUGUAUUCUUUUUUCGUGUUACAAUUAUUAGCGUUUGUAGUUUGCUACGACACUGUCGUAGGUGCAGCUCUACCGAUAACAAAAUGUAAGGUUGGAGACAAGAAAUGUCUGAAGGAGUCUGCGCAAGCUAUUCUUCCUACGUUUGCAUUGGGAAUGCCGGAAUAUAACAUGCAUUCCUUAGAUCCGCUGAUGAUCGACAAAGUUGAUGCUGAUAACCCAAAUCUGAAAUUUAAGUUAACUAACUUAAAGAUUUCCGGAUUAAAGGAUUGUGUAGUAAAAAAGUUAGAACAUGAUGCGGAUAAGUCAAAGAUUUUCUUGAAUCUAUUAUGUAAUGUAGGUAUAGAGGGUCAUUAUGACAUGAAGGGCCAAAUUAUUAUCUUACCCAUGGAAGGUAACGGCAAAAUCGAGGCUGAUAUAAAAAAAAUUCUCAUCAAGGUAGAAGCUAAUUUGUCAGAGAUAGAAAAGGGUGGAACCAAGUAUUGGAACAUUAAAAGCUGGGAUCACAGUUUUGAGCUCAAAGAUAAAUCAAUGAUACAAUUUGAAAACUUGUUCAACGGGAACAAAGAUUUAGCAAAAGCAGCAGAAGACGUGAUGAAGGAGAGUGGUAAUGACGUCAUCCAAGAAGUUGGACCACCAGUUAUAAAAUCGAUUGCUUCCAAAGUUGUUGAAUGUGCACAAAGAUUCUUCCAUGCUGUUCCACUUAAUGACUUGGUUCUGCAAUAAUAAGCUGUAUUCGUUGUAAUAAAUAAUACUUUGAGUCAGA